AUGCGCGUUAGCAGCGUGCAAAUCGAAAAUGUCGAAGGUGACGAAGAGGAUGAUGAUGAAGAUGUAGAUGAUGAGGAGGUGCAUGAUGAAUCUUCGGAAGGAGAAGGCGAUGCAUCAGAAGGUGAAAGUGAUGACCAUGAGGGAGAAUCAGGCGACGAAGAGGACGGAGACGACGCCGAAGGCGGCGAGGAGAGUGAUUGA